AUGUCUGAUUUACCAUACUACUGCCAUAUAUGCGAUGUGGUUGUUUACAUUGAAGACAGAGUGCAGUGUCCCCGGUGCAGAGAAUCCUUCUUAGAGCUGCACACUGAGGAUGUGGAUGAAGAAACAGACGAGAUAGUUAAUUCUGGGGGCACGUGCAUAGGAGGAUUCCUGAGCCUAAGCUUCUUUAGAUGCGCACCGCAGCAGCCCCUAAGGCCAGAAAAGAAAAGAACAAUUACAUCAGACAGAAGAAACUAUGCAAUAGGCCCUGAAAUAGACGACAUAAUUACAAGGCUACGAGAUGAAAGGGGCAUAGACGAGUGCCCUGCUUCAGAAAAUCAGAAGUCCUCGCUAGUGCUAGAAUACCUUCCAACCUCAGAUGUGUGCACAAUAUGCUUCUGUCCAUUUGAGGAGAAGAAGAAGGGAUGUAAGUAUCCUUGCAGCCACUAUUUCCACCAGGAGUGCUCUGAUGCCUGGCUCAAGCUGCAGUCAGACUGCCCAGUUUGCAGAAAGUCUCUAUGA